GUUUGAACAAACCGAUGUUGACCAGCUUUAAAGAGAGUCCGCCGGUGAAAAGCGGCAGACGUCGUGACUGAAGACGGACAGACUUUUCUGGUCAGGUCUUCUCAAGAAGCUGCGGGUUCGAGUCGCCGGCCGCGAGUGGUCGAAGGUUAAGGUCAUUCCCAAAUCCGGACGGACGUGAACGCUUCAUCACCAACGGGCUCGGCGCUGCGUCGUGACGUCACCGGCGCGACCAAUCAGACCGCGCGGCUGCGGCUCAGCUCCCAGCAGAUGAUAUGGCAGCUUCGAGAGCAACCAGGUGGAACUGGCUUUGUUAGCGUCGAGCGCGAGCCUCGGCCGGGUCUGACACGGGCGACAGGGACGCUGCGCGACCAUGAUUUACUUGAUCUUGAUCUCCGCCUUCUCCGGAGCGCUGCUGACGCUGCUCCUCCAGUUCCUGCUGAUCUACCGGAGGAGCCCGGAGCCCGUGGCCAGGACGGCGCAGUACGUCAAAGUAGUGCCGGACACCCUGCUCAGGGAUUACUUCAGCAGCCAGCAGGUCGAGCCCAGCCAGGGUCAGCAGCUGGACAAGCAGGCGGAGGCCGCCUCCUCGCGUCCGCAGGAAGCCUCCGUCCCCGGCGGCAGCCCCAAACAGUCGCCGCCCGCGAGACACGGCGAGCUGUCGGAUGCGGACAAGCCCGAGACCUGCUGUUUCCUCAACGCGAUCUUCUUGUUCCUGUUCCGGGAGCUGCGCGACACUCCGCUGGUUCGACACUGGCUCACCAAGAAGAUCAAGGUGGAGUUCGAGGAGCUGCUCCAGACCAAGACGGCCGGGCGGCUGCUGGAAGGUCUGAGCCUGAGGGACAUCUCCCUGGGCAACUCGCUGCCCGUCUUCAAGUCCGCCAAGCUCAUGAAGCCGGUGCGCAUGAACGAGGACGGCAUGCCCGAGGAGCUCAAUCUGGAGGUGGACAUGGAGUACAGCGGGGGCUUCCACCUCGCCAUCGACGUGGACCUGCUGUUCGGGAAGUCCGCCUACCUGUUCGUCAAGAUGCGACGAGUGCUGGGCCGGAUGAGGCUGCAGCUGACGCGCCUGCCCUUCUCCCACUGGUCCUUCUCCUUCCUGGAGGACCCGCUGGUGGACUUCGAGGUCAAGUCCCAGUUCGAAGGGAGACCACUGCCUCAGCUCACCUCCAUCAUCGUCAACCAGCUGAAGAGAGUCAUCAAGAAGAAGCACACGCUGCCAAACUACAAGAUCAGGUACAAGCCCUUCUUCCCGUUCCAAGUGCAGCCUCCUCUGGGAUCAGUGUGCGACGCAGACCUGUCGGUCCACGACAGCCGGCUGGUGGAAGGACGACUGAGAGUCUCUCUCAUCGAGUGUAGCAGACUGUUCAUCCUGGGCUCCUACGACAGAGAGACGUACGUCCACUGUACCCUGGAGCUGAGCAGCCACCAGUACAAGGAGAAGACUCGCACCUCCAUCAAGCAGACCGAGGUCUUUAAGGGAUCCUGCGGCCACGUGGGCAUGACCUUCCGCCACGUGCCUGCCAGCGAAGGGGAUGUUGUCCACGUGAGCAUCGAGACGGUGACGCCUAACUCCCCCGCAGCUUUGGCUGAUCUGCAGCGAGGCGAUCGACUCAUCGCCAUCGGAGGUAUCAAAGUGACGUCAUCGGUUCAAGUGCCCAAACUGUUGAAGCAGGCUGGCGACCGAGUGGUGGUGCUUUAUGAAAGACCUGUGCGCCACCAGAACCCUACUUUCGGCACCUUGGGAACUUUGCAGGAGGGCUUUGGGCAGAUGGAGGAAACAGGCUUCGUACCUCCGCCUGGGGGAUAUGAGGAGGACCCCGCCCCAAUCACCACCCUGACAGACAUGACAGACAGCAAAGACAUGGACUCUGAGUUUGAAGAGUUAAUUGUUGAAUCCAAACCCAGCCAACCUGGUGGCCUCAAUAGUACUGUGAAUGCCGCCGACGGCAAGGACGAUAACCUGCUUACGGUAAACCAAAGCCCCAAAAGGACUGUGGCCAACUUGGCCUCGAAGCCCCUUGGUACCAUAUCACCCAUUUUGAAUCGCAAGUUAAACCUGGUAGGUCUCCAGUCGCCGCUCAAGCCCCAGCCCAAAGAGUCACCCAAACCCUCCCCUCAGAAGACAUGUUCUGAGGCAGGGGAAGGUUUGCAACGCCCAUCCAUUCCUCCACCGCCUCCCCCCUCCCGCCCACCCGUGCCACCCAGACCGCAGAUCAAGUUGACGUCAGCGGGUUCGGAAAGCAAUCUUUGGGAAGGAUCAGAAUACAGUACGUCCGCUAACACUUUGGUCACCCCUGUGAUGACCUCGGUCACGGCCGUUGAAAAGUCUCCAGAGAAAGCGCCGCUCAGUGGCCCUGUAGAUGACAAGGCCGCAGUGGAAAAGGCGAACAUGAAACAGGGUGAGGCCAAGCAGCUGACCAAGCCUGUGGAGUCCAGUGAAGAGCUUACAGGGUCUUCCACGGUGGCAAGCAGCGGUAAGGUCGAGGCAGCAAAGGAAAAGGUCUCCGAGAUCCCCUGCAGUGCACGAGACAGUUUGGAGGAGCAAGGUCUCUGGGAGUCCUCAGAGAUCUUGUUUCGCAAUCAAACCGGACGCUGGUCCAAGGCGUCCGUGGUCUUUGAGGUGGAGAGUAACUACAAGUACCUUAAUGUGGCCCUUUGGUGCAAAGAUCCCUUCAAGCUGGGGAGUUUGUUGUGCCUGGGUCAUGUCAGUCUUCAGCUGGAGCAUGUUGCCCUGGAAUGUAUGGCCACGUCGUCGGCUGAGUACCAGAGCACCUUCAGGCUGGGGCCUCCUGAGCCGAGAGCCAACGUGAGCCGCACCGCCCUGCGAAGCCUGAGCACCCACAAAGGCUUUAACGAGAAGCUUUGCUACGGGGACGUGACGCUAAACUUCUGCUACCUGGCUGACAGUGAGCCUGAAUGUCUCGGAGCACAGGUGGAAAGGGAGCGGGAGGGGAGUCUCUAUGACGAAGAUCUGAGGGAGAGGGAGAAGGACAAUGUCCCCGCAGCGCCACGUGACGACCUGGCAUACGGUGCCAUGCAGCUGGUGGAAGUUCGACACAACUUUCAGGACACCCAGUUCCAAAAUCCAACCUGGUGCGAGUACUGCAAGAAGAAGGUGUGGACCAAGGCAGCGUCCCAGUGUAUGAUCUGUGCCUAUGUGUGCCACAAGAAAUGCCAGGACAAGUGCCUUGCCGAAAAUCCCUUUUGCGUGGCUGCAACCGAACGACGUGGAGCUGAUCCUGAGGCGAAAUCCACCAUCAACCGGGCCACUACUGGCUUGACUCGGCAUAUCAUCAACACCAGCUCACGUCUUCUCAACCUCCGCCAGGUCCCCAAGACCAGACUGGUGGAGCAGGUGGUUGACGCCGUUCCCGGGACUGUGGAACCCUCACCCAAACAUACGCCUAACACAUCCGACAAUGAGAGCAGCGACACUGAGACCUACACCAGUGGUGCCAGCCCCUCAAAGAAGCCCACCGGCUCCAGUGGCAGCAGCAAACUGGUCCGAAAGGAGGGAGGUCUGGACGACAGCGUCUUCAUCGCUGUGAAGGAGAUCGGCCGCGACCUGUACAGAGGGCUGCCCACAGAUGAGCGCUCCCAGAAGCUGGAGCUGAUGCUGGACAAGCUGCAGCAGGAGAUUGACCAGGAGCUGGAACACAACAACGCACUUCUGCUGGAAGAGAGGGAGGCGACGGAUGCCAGACACAAAGCCCUGAUCGGCACCGCCCUGGCCAAGUCCGGGGAGAGACUCCAGGCCCUCACGCUGCUCAUGAUCCACUACCGUGCAGGCAUCGAAGACCUGGAGUCCGUCGAGAGCACCUCGCCAUCAGAGCAGCAGGGCUUCAAGGGCAAAGGCGACGGCCUGGAGGAAGAGGCCUUGAUGGGGACGGAGGUGUACGACAGCGACAUCUGCAGUCCCGUGGACGUCCAGCUGCUGGAUGACAUCACCGAAGAGCAAAUCUGCGUGGAAGCGCUUCACUAGAUGCGAGCGCCGAGGAAGUGGCGAGGGCACUCGCCUCCCUCUCGAGUCGUGGUUCCACCAUCAUCUUCUUCCGGACAUUGGGGAUGUAUUUUUUAAAGUAAUGUGUCAUUGUUAUUCAUUUUUAUUUAAAAUCAAGGGGAAAUGUCAGAGUUCAUGUCAUGAUGUGAGCAACUCGAUGCCAUGUCCUUUUGUGGGGUUUGUAAGGGAAACUUGGAUGUACUGUUUUUACCCUCCAUGGUGAAGAGUCUCCGUUGCUGAGGUCACUGGUUCAGAUGAAUGAAGGCAACGUGUUAUAUUCUCAGUCAAAUUGUUGUUGUUUUUUGUCCUGAAGCACUUUAAUGCCGUUUUAGACCUUGCAGACCUUAGCAGCUCCUCAACCACCCGCUCUUUUGUUUGCGUUCCGUAGGCCAAAUAACCACGUGUCGGACUUCUGUUGAGUCUCAUCCCUCUGUGGUUUUAGUUCACGCGAUAUUAUUCCGUCACAUUCCUGAGCGAAUGAAAACAUUUCACCCACCCUCCUGCCUUCCCUCAAGGUGUUCACCACCUGUCUCUAUCUUUCAUUGACAAUCGCUCCACAGCCUGCGCUCGCUCUAGACCUCAGUGUUCAGCAGUGGUUAACUCUAAACUCAAUUUGUUUUGCUCAGCAAAUUCAAAUAUUGAUCCUGCUUUUGAUGUUGAACGGCCAAGUCACUGAAGUGACGUGAUUUGUGACAGAAGCUUCCUUCCUCCUCAAUGGGUCUGAGCCGUUUUUUUUCCAACCAGCCGGAGUCGGAAAUGAAAUUCUGACGGCACUUGAACACAUCACCUCUGGUAGACACCGGAGAACAAGUGACAGGUGGCGAGCAAACAUGGCGAGACUCCCAGAGGUGUGUUUUCAUUCACUCAGAAAUCAGCUUUGAAGAGAUGUGGAAAUGGUUUACAAGUCCGGACGAAUGUUACUCUGGCUGGAGGAACCUCUCGUCUCUCGCCCUUUGGUGACAACACUGCUGCAAUCCCCAAUGUCGCCUGUGCCCUGAUGAAUGUAUGGGAUCUCUCUCCGUCCGUGCUGCUCUGUCCAUUCAAGUCCUAACUUCUCCUACAGUCCCAGACGCUCAUCAUCUCGGUGGUCUUCAGUUCGACUCAACCACGUUCUGCGACGAUAUUUCCUUCGUCGUCAUUGCGAGGAAACAUCUUAGAUUGAGGAGUCAGCAGUUGCUGGUGUCUUGGUCGAGCUCAUGAUCUCAGAUUGACGCGGUUCACGUUUUUGUCUUGCAUGUCCACAAUGAAAUGGGUUUCUCUCUCACACACCUCCAGAUGCUUGUAGAAGACGUGGAAGCCUUCCUCACGUUCAUACACAGUCUAUACAUUGGUCUGUGUGGGUGCCGAGUCAGCAAUUGUUACAAUUGGAUCAGAAUACAGUACGUCCUCUGCUUCUGCUUCUGUACGCGCUCGGCUGCUGCUCGCCGCUUACUCCUCCUCCUCCUGAACAUCCAGAUUUUUGUGCAAUAUUUUUGUAAGAAACGAUGCUGAUAAUCAGAACUUUUGAGUUGAGAGCGCGCGCGAGUCUCUGGGGACCAACAAACCCGAUACUUGAAAGGUUCUUUUGCUUCUCCUGCUGGUGUUGCUGCUAUCGUGACCGUGUUCAGACACCGAUGCCCGUCACCCCCACUGUUCGGCUGAACCCCCCCCCCCAGAGCUUCUUGCAGGUCAGUGUUGGAUUUGUACGUGUGAGAGGCUCGUGUGAUGAAGCUUUACUGUACAUAAAUAAAUA